AGACAUCCAUCAGUUAGUACUGUUUGUAUCAUUUCGGCAUCAAACAACAACCACACGGGUCCGAUCGACGGCACUGGGCGCACACGUUCGACGAGGACAUUCGAGAUUUGCGCGCGCGCACUUGCCGUUCCGAUCGAUACGAGAUUUAUCGAUCGGCGGAGAUCGAUUGUUCGGUCCGCUGCGGUUACAGUUUUCGAAGAAGACAGCAGCGCGACAGUUUGAGCCACAUCGCGAUGGUGAUGAAUUGAUUGACUGUUUGCUGUGUGUGAUGUGGGGCCGCGCGGGUGCAACCUGUUACAGUUUCGGUCCUGUCGAGCAGGAAGAAGAUAAGGGGCGCGCAUGUGAUUUAUUGGACGACCGACGAUUGGUACCGUGGGGAAGACCGUUGGAUACUUACUGAAGAGCGGAGAUUCCGUUGAUGAGUGUGUGAAAAAAUUCGCGAUUCUGCUGGAAGCAAAAAAAGAUGGAAAUAUUUGUGAUAUUAUUUAUUGUUUGAAAAAUUUGUUACCAAAACGAGCGCAGAAGGAUGAGACAACUUUACGGGUUGCGGUUCGGGAAUUGAAAUCUUAAAUGGAAUGACAGUGAAGCGGAGUGUUUUUGUCAGCUAAGUGUUUGAAUAAGGCAUUAUUUGUCAUGCUUUGGUUUUGGUGGCACUUUUUAUGUUGGAUAACAUCAUCGAAGGAUUGUCGGAGGGCAUGCGUAAAGUAUGGGAAGAUUCGAAUGGCUUAGAUCCAGAAAAAAAUGACUGAAAUUAUUUCAUCGGAAUUAUACGUUUUGAAUUUGUGAUACAGUUUGGCUCGGCAGUCAAUACUUGUUCGAAUUCCAGAGACCAGUCAUAAGUCUCUUCCUCCUACCUGCCGGCAAGUUACCGUAAGCGGACCCGCCGCGCGGUCACUGGCUGAGUGCUGGUGGCAGUGGCGCAACGAGGAAGGAAAAAUUAUUUCAACUCCCUUUUUUGGUCGAAAUUAUAACACACGCACGCGAACAUCAUAAAAAUGUCACUCGAGAACAGUAUGGACGAGGAGGAGUACGGUGGACCGGAGUUCGACACACCACCACAUUUAUCGAUGGGAGCGCAGAAAAGGAUCAAGUUGGAAAGUGAUGUCCCGCCGAUGGACGGCCUGACUAGUAGCAGUGGCAGCAUCAAUGGAACGGCGGCGGGGGCGAACAGCUUGAGUGAAUUGUUGCGAAGCAUCAAAAGUGGCUUGGACAUGCGCGUCCGAAGUGAGGAUAGUGCUGCCGGUUCGAGCGGCGUCUUCGGUGUUGACCGGACUGGGGGAGGGAUCUACGGCAGUGGGGUCAGCAGUGGCCUGAAUAAUAACAGUGACGCUAUUAACAACAACAACAACAAUUCGAUCAAGACCAAGCACGGCGAGGUGGAUGAGGUGAAAAUCAAUGAGUUUAGUAAAUUUCUGGGUGACAACGAGAAGGAUGAUAAUGUGACGACGGUGAUAGAGCUACUGCACGAAAACUAUGGAUUGAUUCAACGGUACGCCUCCGGCUACGACUGCAACCAGGAAAAGUGCCAGUACGAGAACCUGCACGAGCACUUCCACUGCUACGACACGUUCUGCCGGGGGAAGGUCCUGUACAAGAAGUACGAAAUCAUUCGCCAUCUCAAGUGGCACAAGAAGCGCAAGGAGUCGCUCAAGUAUGGAUUCUACCGGUUUUCGUCGUCGGACGACUGCAGCAUCCAGUACGGGCAGUGUCAGCACAACCACAAGCACACGCACUACCACUGCGUGCACGAGAACUGUGAUAAGGUGUACAUCAGUACCAGCGACGUGCAGAUGCACGCCAACUACCACCGGAAGCACGAGGCCAUCGUCAAGAAUGGAUUUCAACGGUUUCGGGCCACGGAAGAAUGUAACACAGAUCACUGUGCGUUCAAAGGACAGAAGACCACUCACUUCCACUGCAGGAGAGAGAACUGCAAAUAUACAUUUAAGAACAAAGCAGAUAUGGAAAAACACAAAACCUAUCAUCUGAAGGACGAAAUGUUACUGCGUGAUGGCUACAAAAAGUUUCUCAAAACCGAAGACUGCACGUACAAAAACUGUCGCUUUUCGCGGGUCUGCAAUCACAUCCACUGUAUGCACGAAAACUGCCACUAUGUACUGCACUCAAGCGGUCAACUGUUGAGCCACAAACGUAAACACGAACGCAUGGACACCGAGGUGGACUACCGGAAGUUCCAGAUGGCGCGAAAUUUGCUGAGCAAGUUUGGAAUGAGUCGAGACGGGGACGGUUCGCCUGGCGCUAAGGAAGAAGACGAAGUGCCAACAUCACCAACAGCUUCGGAACACGUGUCGAGGAAUCCAGUUGUUGAAUUGCUGGCUAUCAUGUCGGAGCUCACGUUCAGAACGAUACCGCUGCAGAUGAUGCUGCACAUGCGAAUGCAAAUGCUCCAAAACAUGGGAUAUGAGCAGGUACUUUCACCGGAUAACGUGGAUAGUGCGAUAAACUUAUCGAAAAGUGGAUUUAACGAAGAAUACUUGCAACAGUUGCAAAAGUUCAAUGAAAAUAUUCAACAUCUGAAUGAUCAUGCCAUGUUGGAUGUUAAUCCAACACUUUCAAUGUUGGCAAAGACUCAAGGCAGUCCGUUGCCAAAGAGUUAUGCAAAUGUUCAUGGCCAUUGCAACCAAUUGAAACGGAAAUUGGACGAAGAAGCUUUACCGGGCGCAUCAACACAGGUUCAAGAUGCUUCAUUCUUCAAUCCAUCUCUGAGCAAAUCGAAGCUGUUGUCCAACCCUUCGAUUGAUUAUCGGCUUUUGAAGAAAGAUGACUCCAGUUUGGGAGAAUCUUCAACCGACGCCAAUACUGUCGACCGACAGAAACCUCUAAUGGAAAGUGCAAAUUUCUUGCAGUUUAGUUCAAGCAAAACCCUGUUCAACAGAAAACGUGGACGCCCUAGGAAAAACCAUGUAAUGGAGGUCUACAAUAAUGUUCAGGAUUCUCCACAGGCCAUAUUCACUAGUUUCAAACUGGAGAAGAAUGACACAAAAGUGUCCCAUCAGGACUACCUCCGCGAUAGCGUGGUGGAGCAGGAAGCAAAGAUCAAACGAGACUCCCACAAUAGAAGCGAUGAAGAAGAUACUGCUAAGCGAUACCAUAGCUUGAGUCCUCCUAAAACAUUCCUUUCCACAAUGGACGUACCUUCGAUGUCUCUGUUCGGACCUCCAGACUUUGGAGGAUUUUCUCAAAUUUUGGAAAAGCAUAUGCGCGAAAUUAAAACCGAACCCAGCGCGACGGUCACCCACGAAAUGGAUCUUUCCAGUAGAGACAAGUCCCGAAAUCACCUGAAAUGUGUGGUUUGCCAUAAUUCCUUCGAGACCUUUGCCGACAUCAAGGAGCACGAAUGCCACCAGGCUAAAGACGCAGAGAAGCCUCUGCUAGCGUUUCCUCCCGGUUUGACGAUGCACCAGCCAUCGAACUUCCGCAGUUCCUUCGCCCCGGAUGCCGAAACCAGUCGUCUGAUCUACGCUCCGACCCCGAUGGGUAUGCCCGCCGCUCCCUCAGCUGCCAAGGAGUCGAUUUCGCUUGUGAAAACCACCGGCACAUUCUUCCCGGAUGCAAACGCAAACAAGUUGAAGUAUUUCUGAUUUUGAUGCAUCAAGGACAUUAGAUAGAUAGAGGCUCAUCGUGUAGUUUUGUAUGGAAACAGUGAAUUCAACAUACUGUGUCAUAAUGAAAACUAGGAAAAAUUGAAAUGCCAUAUUUGUUUGGCCAUACUCAGAACGAUGUUUACGAUAUUUAAGAUGGAGAUUUUUUGUAUUAGGGACGUAAUAGUAUUAGAGGAAAUGUAUUAUUUAUAUAUGAAGAGUCAAACGGUACUAUAAGAUAAUAAGAUUGUUUGCUGUGAUUGAGUCCUUCAAAAUACAGUAAUAGACAAAACUAUUUGUAUAUUUUCGAAAAAGAAUCUGUAUAUAAAUCAAUUGUUACUAUGUA